AUUCAAACAUUUUUCGUGACAAUAGUAUUGGAUAAUGUACCGUAAGUGGAGGUAACACUGAGUGUAUUCGUUACAUCGCUUUGCUUCCCUUUGGCUUUCGUUACAUCCUAACAGUUAAUCACUUUGCGUUUCAAAUCUCACAAUAUUUUUUCCCGUUUUCUGAUUUGUGUGCUGUUCAAUUUCAAACACGAGUCCGCUUAUUUCAUUAUCCGACCUAAUAUUAGAUCGGAUACUGAUCAAGAAUGGUUUUAUGACAUCUAAGGAACAAACAAUUUCACAACUCGUUCUUUUUGCAGAAGUUCCAGUUAUGACUACAGCCUAAAUGAUUUCCAUAGUUAGAUACCAGGCUUAAAAUCAUGGCGUUGUAUGGUGCUCCGUUUCCCAGAUAUAUAACUUAUACAGAUUGGUUACAUGAUGCAUGUAAUACUGACGAUGUUUAUUACACAUAUAAUGGGCGCAUAGUAAAUAAUAUGGAAGAAAUUCCUGAAUGUGCUUUGUUGAACGUGCACUAUCGUUUGCGCGGUGGUAAAGGGGGUUUUGGAUCUAUGCUACGGGCUAUUGGGAGUCAAAUCGAGAAGACAACCAAUCAUGAAAUGUGCAGAGACUUAUCAGGUAGGAGAAUGCGUGAUGUAAACCUGGAAAAAAAAUUAAAGGAAUGGUAUGCUACGGCUGACGAACGGGAACGUAAAAAAGCAGAGGAAUAUAUUGAAAGACGACGAAAACGUCAAGAACUAUUAAAACAGGGUCUUUUACCUGAACAUAGUUUUUCAGAUCGUGAAUAUGAACGACAGAAACGUAAAAUUGCUUACGAACUACGGGGAGCAUUAGAUAUAGCCAUAGAAAAUGUUAAGAAAGAAAAGAAACAAACGGAAGUCCAACCUGUAAUUUCCUCUGAAAAGCAACUGAAUGCAAAGCGUACUCGAUUAUGGAUUGAGGAAAUGGACAAAGAGCUGUCUUCGGGUUCUAGCGAUGAAGAAUUUUCGGCUAGCUCGUCAUUUGACAUUUCCUCUAGUCUUGCAAAACAAGAUGAUAAUUUGCCCGUAAAAGAUGAUACCAAAGCCAAAACGGAUUCUACAGAAAUCCUUAACAGUAUUAAAUCAGAUGUAAUCGUCGAAGAUAAAAAAGAAUCGCAAAGUGCUUGUAGAAAUACCACAAAAGAAACCGCACAACCUUUGACUGACCAACAGUUGCGUGAAGUAGAUACUGCUGAAAACCUCGAAGUGUUCGGCUUAGAUGUUCUUAAAGCAACCUUAAUGGCUCGGGGUUUAAAGUGCGGAGGGACGUUGAAAGAACGAGCUAGCCGUUUGUUUUCAAUCAAAGACUUAAGUUCCGAGCAAUAUCCUGCAAAGUUACUAGUGAAGAACAGAUAACUGAUUUGCCUGAGAUGCCUUUCAGAAAUUUAUGUAUAAUUUUAAAGAUUUGUUUUCGCAUAUAACAGUAUAUAUAUAUGCAUGC